AAUCAUGCCCCAACUUCGUUAGUUACAAAGUGACUUCCUUUUUCCGUAAAAGCCUAGUACUUGCCUCCUUUAGAAUUUCCCUCACGGAGAAGGAGAAAAGAAAUUCAUACAACCCCCCCUCCACCUUAAAUUUCCAAUCUUUAGGGUUUCUCUCUCUUUCUCUCUUCCUCUCUUUUCUUUCCAAAUCUUUCAAGAUCCAAUCUUUAUUCCUUAAAACAGAAACCCAUCCCCGAAAAUGCCACCCACAACCACGACUUACGGCACCAUCACCUCCAACCCAACCUCCACUUCCUCACGUGCCAAACACACGCGCCGCCCGUGGCCAGAACUCUUCUCCUUCUCCUCCUUGUCCCUCCCCAGCUCCUCCACCGAUGCCAAGGCUCGAAUAAAGCUCAACCUCUCCUACUUCCGCGUGAACUACGUGAUCAUAAUGCUAACAAUCCUCUUCUUAACUCUUCUUUGGCACCCGGUUUCAAUGAUUAUUUUUUUGAUAACGUUCAUUUUCUGGUGGUUUUUUUACCUCUUUAAUGACAACCCAGUUGUUGUUUUCAAUAAAACGGUGGAUGAUAAUGUAGUUUUGGGGGGUUUGAGUUUUGCUACUGUAGUUUUAUUGGUUUUGACUCAUGUGGGUGUUAAUGUUUUGGUGGGGCUGAUUAUUGGGGUUGUUGUUGUUGGAGUUCAUGCUGGAUUUAGAGGAACUGAAGAUUUGGGUUUUGGUGGGGAAGAAGAGGAGGAGAAUGGGUUGCUUUCUGUUGUUGGAAGUCAGCCUUUGAGGCCUACUUCUGGAUAUAAUAGGAUCUGAUUUGAUUUUUUUUGUAGUUGAAUUAUUGAGAAAGUUGGAUUUUGGGGGUUGAUUUGAAGUGGGAUUUUGUUUUGUUUUAUUGAUCUCAACGGAAAUUGGAUUUAGAGGAAUUGUUUGUUUCAAAUUUUGCUAAAUGAUCCUUUUAAUGGUUAGGAUUGUGGUUGAGCAUGGCUUGUGGUUAUGUUGUCAUUAAUUUAAGCUUUCAGAAGGGUGGAAUUUGAGGCCUUGUUUCAUUCAUGAAUUCAUUUCUGUGAUUGUUCAAAAUUGAAUUAGAGCUGGUAUCAUUGCGUUUUUAGUUUGAGAUUGUUGUGAAAUUUAGUGGAUUUUGGCGCUUUGAUUUGAACUGGGUGUUAUGUGGUUCGCGGGGUUUUAACUGGUGUUUUUGGUUUAAGAUUGUGGGGGCAGGAUUGAAGGCCUUGGGACGAUCCUUUAGUGGUUAGUAUAAUUGUAUUUGAGGUCUUGUUUCAUUCAUGAAAUGAUCCCUUGAUCGUUCUUCAUUGGGAGUUAUUACCUUUCCUAGGAUGGUGAAAGUUGGAUUUUUGGGGGCUUGGAGUAGAAGUGGGUAUCACAGGUUGUUUUGUAUUUCCUCAAUGGUUGACGCUCAAAGGUAGCGAGAUUUUAUGACUUAAUGGUGUAUUCAAUGUAUUUAGAGAAUAGAGGAUCUUGAAGAAUGCUGUGGCUGCUCAUUCAAGAGUGAGGUUGGAUUUUGUACUUUGGCCAAUCAACAUGAUUGCUGAGUUGGAUUUGUGGUUGGGGAGAUGGAUGGUGAUGCUCUGUUGCAAAGCAACAAGUAUGAAGUAACAGGCAUGCUCUUAUUUGCAGUGUUGGUUUGGAAGCUGGAGGGAUUAGUUUGUUACACUUUUGUACUGAUCCUGGAAGUAACUUUGUUUUAGUCAUUCAAGUGUAAUCACUAAUUUGUUGUUUUCUUCUGUAGCACAAUAUAAAUGAAUCUAAUUAUGAAUCAACUUUAUAGUUCUUUCCCUGCAAAC